CCAUACCCUCGCCCGACCAUGGCAGACCAGCCCAAUACAUCUGGUGCCGAGCCAGUGUACGAUCCUGCCGACUUCGGCGAGCCAUCCACAUCCUCCGCCCUCGCCUCCGCUCCCACCUCUGCCGAUCCCACAUCUUCCUUUCCCUCGGAUCCCAACAUUUCCUUUUCCCAAGUGACGGGCAAAUGGGUCUACGAGGAUCCCAACACAGGUGUCGAGAGCGAAUACGACGAGCAACUCGGCAAGUGGCGUCAGCUGGUGGAUGAAGAGGAAUGGAAGGCACAACAGGGAGCGUAUGGUGUAGAGGGCGUCGAUGAGGAUCGACCUGCUGCUCCUGUCAUCCGUCGCGAGAAGAAGAAGAGGAAGAUUCAGGAUCUGGGAGGCACAGAUCCAAACAGCAUUGAUGGUAAUGCCACAGGAUCUACGCAGCUACUUGGCGCUGAUCAGAUGGCGCCGAAUAGGAGUGAUGGAGCAGCUGAAGCAGAGGAUGAGCGGGGGUCCGCCAAGAGCAAGACUCGUCCAGCUCGUCGGGAGCGAGUCAAUACUUCCCUCUUCAUCUCCUCUCUACCCUUGGAUGCCACACAAGACGAAGUAGCCAAGGUCUUCUCGAGGUACGGGAUCCUUGCAGAGUCGGACGAUGGCUCACCGAGAGUCAAGCUGUACACGGAUGACAAGACUGGAAUGUUCAAGGGCGAAGCUCUGCUCACCUUUUUCAAGGCAGAGAGCUGCCAAUUGGCAAUUCAGCUCCUUGAUGGAACAUGUCUGAGAGCAGCCGAAGGCAAGAGCACGCCGCUGAUGAAGGUCCAGAUGGCAGACUGGAGCGGCAAAGAGACCGAGGGUAGCAAGACGGAGACUGUCAAACCUUCUAAUGGCAAUGGUGCGCAUGCCAACCCUGAGCAAGGGUCUUCAGCAUCGAAAUCGACAGCUGCCUCUGCCCCUUCCGCCUCAACUUCGACGGCUGGACCCUCUGCAAAGAAGCCAAGGAACGAACAGGAUAAGAAGAAGGCAGCGAAGCGUUAUGCUCGUAUGAACGAGAAGCUCGCAGGCUGGGAGUCCUCCUCAGACGAAGAAACCUCUGCCUCCCUCCGUCCCUCCGGCGCCCAAGCAGGGUACCUCAACCCCCUCUCCCGCACUCUAAUCCUCAAACGUAUCUUCACCCUCUCUGAGCUCUCUUCCGACCCUUCUCUCCUGCUAGACCUCUCCUCUGAUAUCCGUGAAGAAUGCGCUAAUUUUGGAGAGGUGACGAGCGUGACGCUUUGGGAUCUGGAACCAGAAGGGGUGGUGAGCGUCAAAUUCCGCAAGGGGGAGGAGGCGCAAGCGGCUCUCAAGGUAAUGGAUGGGAGGUUCUUCGCCGGCAGGAGGAUAGAGGCAUUUCUCAGUGAGGGGAAUAAAGUCAAGUUUAGAAGGAGCAGGGGUGAGGCGGCAGGGUUGGGAGAGGAGAGUGAUGAGGAGGGUGCAGAGAAGAAGGAUGGGUUUGGGGAGUGGCUAGAGGGUGAAGGAGAUCAGGAGACGUAAGAGAAAUCACAAUGCUCACCAAUGCUCUGGAG